GGUUUUACUUGAAAAGGUAAAGACUGAGAUGUAUUCCUUCACGUCGAUCACCAUAAUGAUGUAGUUGAUUGUCAUAUGCAACAAGUUCAGCAGGUCUGGGUUGUUUGCUCUGUGAACAUGUGGGUGCUACUCAGAGCGUGAAGUUGACUGGAACAAAUCUGGCGACUCUAAAAUUAGAAAUACAAUUCCUGAAUUUUGCUAGUCGUGGUGCCUUAUUUAGUCGAAGUUUCUCCACGCUUCGUGGCACGGAUUGUUUUCGUUGGAUUCCCAUAUCAGGGGUGCUGUAGUGUGGAUAAUUUAGAUACCAGCUGCAGAAUGUCUACCAUGAAGAUAAAAGUCCUGUCUCUGAAUUUUUGGAAUAUACCUUUCUUUGGAUUGUCGAAGGACCGCUCGCAGCGCCUCAAGGCUCUGGCAGAACUACUCCUGAAAGAGAAAUACGAUGUGGUGACUCUGCAGGAGGUCUGGUGUGAAGAUGGUCACGACUAUCUCAAGGAAAAGUGUGGAGCUGUCUACCCACACACAAAGUAUUUUGCCAGGGGUGUGAUUGGAUCUGGACUGCUGGUGCUCUCACGCUAUGCAAUCUACGACACGCUGUUCGCAAGCUAUGCACCGAACGGACAUCCCCAGAAGCUGAACCAGGGUGAUUUCUACGGCGGCAAAGGCGUUGGUCUUUGUCGUAUUGAUGCUGAUGGCCGCCUACUGGAUGUCUACACAACUCAUCUUAUUGCAGCCUAUGCUGAAGAUCUGAGUAACAAGGAUUCACAUGCCGGUCACCGAAUGGCGCAGAUGGUGCAGCUGAUGCAGUUUGUUCGCAACACGCGCCGCCCAGAUGCCACGCAGCUGGUCACUGGUGACCUGAACACGAUGCCGUUUGAGCCGUCUUUGAAAGUCCUGUUGGAGGGUACACCCCUGCACGAUGCCUGGUUGGCAACACAUGACGGAGAGGAGGGCGGUUUCACCUGCAUUACGUCUGACAACGUCUACUCGGGCAAGGAUCCCGUCGGCCCCAAACGCAUCGACUACAUUCUGUUCAGCGAUCCAUUCGCCAAGUGUUUGAGCUGCGACGUUUCCCUGUGCCGUGUCCCGAACGACACCAUCUGCUACUCCGAUCACGACGGCGUGGUGGCGUGUCUCGAGAUCAGCCCACCAGAGCAGUCGGCAGCGGCAAAGUCAAGAAUUUCUGCCGCUUCAGCUCCCAUUCCAGGCAAAAUCCUCACCUUGGCCAGUGAUUGCCUAGUGGAGUGUGUUGGAGAUGCGAAGGCCAGUCUUCAGAAAUGUCUUUUCCGCCUGGUCAUCACCCUAGUCUUGCUGGUGCUGAUGCUGGUCUUUGCCCCGGCGUGCACAUGCGUGACGAUAAUUUGUUCGGUGAACAGCUUUGCUGUGGCCUUCCUGUUCUUCAUGUAUGCCAUCAAUCGAUCUGAGGUCAACGAGCUGAACAAUGUUAUCUCGGCGCUGAAGAUUCAACAGCAGCACAGUGACAAACGCCGCUGAGCUAUCAGCCGUGAGUCUAUCAGCCGUGAUUGACUCGCGAUUGUGAGUCUGAUGUGUGUGCAUUGCCACAGAGAUAUGGGCCGCCGCUAUAACUUUCCUUCAUUUUUUUAUUACGUCUGUAGUAGCAACCUUAAACGGUCUUCACGCUUGCUGCCUUGCCUUUCCUUGCACGUGCCCAGCUGUUUUAUCUUGUUAUCUGGUUUUAGAUAUUCAUUAUACUUUGCUGUGGGGUUGUGGGGUUGUGGGGUGUCAGUAUUAUUUGAUGUAGUGCUGAAACGAGUACUCUAUAAGCUAUCGAGCGAGUACUGUCACUAUCGAGUCGAGUAUCGAGUACUCUAUAAGCAAUCAUGCGCAUAUAUGUCAGUACCACAUACCCAUUUUUUGCACACCAUUUACGCAAUUCAAUAUCCUUCAAUAAACACAAAUUUUCAUUGCAAAGCCACAUGGACGACGGAUGUGUACGUCGCUAUCAAGUUUUUUAUUUAUUUAUUUAUCGAGUCCUUUUUUGAUAUCGAGUCGAGUACUCAACGAGCGGGUACUCGAGUACUCGGCGUACUCGUUUCAGCACUAAUUUGAUGUGUUUAUUUCUGUGGUGUGACAUCACAAGAACUGUCCGGUAUUAUUAUUAUUAUUAUUA